AGGUGUGGCGUGUGGCGCGCUGCGUGCCGGGAGGUGUGGCUGUGGCAGGCGGGCGCGGGCGGGCAGGCUGGCGGUUGGUGAACGGUCGCCAGUAUGGCGGCGGGGAAUGGGUCACUCUCGGAUUUCGCCGAGAGCUUCAGUGAUUCGUUUUGUCCGAAAUGCUCCGGCAUGGAGUUGGCGGCCACUGCCAAGUGGGUUCGACUGAACGUCGGCGGCACUCGGUUCCUGAGCACCCGGCAGACCCUGUGCCGCGAUCCCAAGUCAUUCCUGUACCGACUGUGCCAAGCCGACCCGGACCUGGACUCAGACAAGGAUGAUACUGGUGCUUACUUAAUUGACCGAGAUCCCACCUAUUUUGGCCCAAUCCUGAACUAUCUGCGACACGGGAAGCUGGUUAUUAAUAAAGAUUUAGCAGAGGAAGGUGUACUGGAGGAAGCAGAGUUUUACAACAUCACGUCACUAAUAAAGUUAGUGAAAGACAGUAUAAGAGAAAGAGACAUGAAAACAUUACAGUUCCCAAUGAAACAUGUCUACCGAGUGCUACAGUGCCAAGAAGAGGAACUCACCCAGAUGGUAUCGACAAUGUCUGAUGGAUGGAAGUUUGAACAGCUGGUCAGUAUAGGUUCCCCCUAUGGCCUUGGGCGGGACCAUCAGUCAGAAUUUCUGCUGAUUGUGUCGCGGGAAGUGAAGGGGGAGGAGACCAGUUUCCACAACAGCAGCAGCGAGCUGGUCAGUAUGGGCUCUUCCUACAACUAUGGGAAUGAAGAUCAGGCUGAAUUUCUUUGUGUGGUCUCCAGAGAGUUGCAUAAUACUCCUUAUGGCACAGACUCUGAACCCAGUGAAAAGGCCAAGAUUCUGCAAGAACGAGGAUCACGGAUGUGAAGUCAGUAUUGACUUUGGCCAUGGAAGGAGUUUUAAGUUAUUGUACUGUCAGAAGAAAUGCAAAUUCAAACAGAGACCAACCUAAGAGUUCUGUGACGUGAACAUUUCUUGCAACAUCUUUAAACAUCGAUUGUUUUUUCUCUGGCUAUCUUUCUCGCUAUAAUUUUCUCACUGCCUUUCUCGCUAUUGCAAUCUCACUCCCUAUUGUGUUCUUGUGCUUUCUUGCUAUCAAUUACCCACUUGCUUUCUUGUUAUGACCUCCUCACUCUUUGAUAUCUGACACUUUCUCACUAUUGCUCUGUUACUCUUUCAUGCUACCAUUUUCUCACUGCCUUUCUUGCUAUUGCUUUCUCACUGUCUCUCAUUAUAGUCUUCUCAGUCUUUCUUGUUAUCAAUACUUCACUUAGUUUCUCUUUCUCGCCAUUAAUUUCUCUUUCUUGCUUUUGCUUUCUUUUACUUUUUCUCUAUGUCACUUUUUCUCACAAUGAUUUUCACUUUUUCUUGCUAUCGCUAUCUCUCUACUUCACUAAGACUGCAUUUUUUAACUGACAGUGAACACUUCAAGGGUUUAGGAUUCUUUAUGCAUUAUAAAGACGGCCAUAUAUUGAAGCCUGUCUGUGCUAGCUGGGAGCAGCAGUGAUACCUUGGUAUCGGGAACUCAUCUGGCCAGAGGGCUGUUCUGAUGCUUCCUUUCCCUUCUGGGAUUAGACCAAUGAACUCCUGUUUACAAAAGAAUUAGCUUGUUAUUUUACAAAGAAACCUGGAGCCUGAACCAAGUGUAUAACUGAGGUACAGUUUACCAAUUACAGAGUGAAGACAGUGCCUCAUUCAACAGAUGCACUCCCACCCAGUGCCACUUUGAUUACACUAGUUUCUUUAUAAAUGGUUAUGUAGGUUUCAAGAAGAAGCAAAUUUAGCAGUUGGAUCAUCGUCUUUCAAUGUACCUUGUAAAUAGGCUGUAUUGGUUGGCUGGGGGCUCUGGAUGGGGCUAGGAGAUGGGCUUACAAAAUUUGAUGGAAUAAUUCAUCUCCCGUUGUCAACUAAAAGUGAUUUUAAAUUAAAGCUCAUUGUGUGGGGAAACAAAUGAAUGGAAAAUAUUUAAAUUCUGAUGGGAUAUUUUUAAUCUGGUUACCUGAUUUACUGCUUUUUAUUUCACUAGUUGCUGUUUUAAGUGGUUUGUAUGCUUUAGAAUUCCUUUGUAUAUAUUUUUAGGGUUCUUGUGUUGAUUAUUACCUAUAGAUUAAGCUGCUAAACUUUUCCAAUAUGUUUUAAACCUUUAUAUAAAAAUUGUCCAAACAAAUAUAA